AUGUAUUUCAGCUGUUUCUUUCUUCAUUUCUGCAAUUUCCUUUCUGUCAUAUUUUCACCAGGUUAUUUUCUCUUUUUCACCAAUUUUUCUUUUUACUUUUCUCUCUUUCUCAUGCUCUUUCCUUGUAUUCAUUAUGUCUUUUAUUCUUUUCUUGCACUCCUUCUCUUUCCUGUAUCACUAUCUGAAUCCAUUUUGAAUUUUUCUGAUUAUAACGAUUCAUUAAACUGUCCUAUCUCCCUCUUUUUAUCUCUUUCUCUGACCUUUCUUUCCAUAUCUCUAUCUUUUCCUCUUUCUCUAACCUUUCUUUCCUUAUUCCUCUCUUUUCCUCUUUCUCUGACCUUUCUUUCCUUAUUCCUCUUUUUUCCUCUUUCUCUGACCUUUCUUUCCAUAUCUCUAUCUUUUCCUCUUUCUCUAACCUUUCUUUCCUUAUUCCUCUUUUUUCCUCUUUCUCUGACCUUUCUUUCCAUAUCUCUAUCUUUUCCUCUUUCUCUAACCUUUCUUUCCUUAUUCCUCUUUUUUCCUCUUUCUCUGACCUUUCUUUCCAUAUCUCUAUCUUUUCCUCUUUCUCUAACCUUUCUUUCCUUAUUCCUCUCUUUUCCUCUUUCUCUAACCUUUCUUUCCUUAUUCCUCUCUUUUCCUCUUUCUCUGACCUUUCUUUCCUUAUUCCUCACUUUUCCUCUUUCUCUGACCUUUCUUUCCAUAUCUCUAUCUUUUCCUCUUUCUCUGACCUUUCUUUCCAUAUCUCUAUCUUUUCCUCUUUCUCUAACCUUUCUUUCCUUAUUCCUCUUUUUCCUCUUUCUCUGA